AUGUUUUCCAACAAGUAUAACGUUGACGGCAGGCUGAUUGUGAUUACAGGAGGAUCGCAAGGUUUGGGCUUUGCUUUGGCCAAGAAUCUAUACUUGAAAGGUGCUAAUGUCAUCAUUAUCUCCCGAACCAAAGCGAAAUUACUCAAUUGCGUGGAAGAGCUCAAGAAACUCAGCCAGAAAGAGGACCAGUUUGUCGACUAUGUGGCAGCAGACCUUUCUAAAUACGAAGAGUGUGAAAGAGUACACGAAUAUUUAAGUUUGAAGAGAUUGCUUCCAGACGAUCUCAUCUGUUGUGCAGGUAUCGCCUAUCCUCAAAAGUUCGCCAAGAUCCCCAUAUCCAAGAUUGAUGAAGGAAUUGAUAUCAAUUAUAAGACUGCCGUCUACUUCGUCCAUGCCAUGCUUCCCUUGAUCACCGAGAAGGUCCGGGAACAGCAUCUUGUGCUAUGUUCUUCUGUCGUAGCUUCUUAUGCUUUUUACGGCUACUCCCAGUAUGCCCCAAUGAAAGCUGCUGUGAAGGCUUUUGGAGAUUGCAUGCGGCAUGAGCUUUUACCAUAUGGGGUCAAGGUUCAUACCUUAUUUCCAGGGAAUUUCGAAUCGGAAGGCUACGCCCAAGAGAAGUUGACAAAGCCAACCUUGACUAAGGAGAUAGAAGGUGCUUCGCCAACAAUAUCUGCAGAACGAUGCGCGGAGAUCGUGGUGAAGUCUCUACAGAGUGGCAGCCUUUAUAUUUAUACCGAUUUUAUCGGCUGGGUACUGGGAUCCUUUAGCUUAGGACUUAAUCCAAGGGAAUGGUGGUUUGCACAAAUAUUUCUGAGCUUCAUUGGAUCCUUGGUGGGCCGGCUUGUUGAUCUGUAUCAUGAGCAUUUGAUUAGAAGGGAAUCACAGGAAGAAGCUAAAGAAAAAUAA